CGUCAACAGCUAGCGCGUAUUAGCGGUUACAGCGAGUGUCAUCGUUGCAUUUUAAUACGUGUCCGCUGGUGUCUGUCCGUCCGGUGUUUCUGCUACGUUGGUCACGUUUCGUGAAUCUAUGGAGUGUUUGUAUUGUCGGAUAUCAUUGAAUUUUUGUCUGUAGUAGCAUAAGGCGCCUAGCGCGCCUUCCCGUCACGAUGAACAUGUGUCGGGGUCGAUUGUUAUUCCACUUUAUGGCGCUUAGCCUACUCCCCUUUGCCCGUCCCGACGAGCACACUCACGUUUACGACGAUAACGACGAGGUUGUACUGUGGAUGAGUACUGUUGGACCAUAUCAUAAUCGCCAAGAAACUUACUCGUACUAUUCGUUACCUUUUUGUAUGGGCACAAAGGAUGUCAUCAAUCAUUAUCACGAAACUUUUUCUGAAGCACUGCAAGGCAUUGAACUGAAAUUUAGUGGGCUGGAGAUCGAAUUUAAGGCUGAUGUUUCAAAAACAGAGUAUUGUCAAAUAAGAUUGUCAGAAGAGAGUGAAAAAGCCUUUAUAUAUGCAGUGAAGAAUCAGUAUUGGUAUAAGAUGUACAUGGAUGACUUACCAAUUUGGGGAGUUGUGGGAGAACCAGAAGAAGAUAACGGGGUUACAUCUUAUUACAUUUGGACCCACAAGAAAUUUGAUAUAGGAUACAAUGGAAAGCAAAUAGUUGAUGUAAAUUUAACCAGUGAAAAUAAAGUGAAAUUGGUGCAAGGUGCAGCCAUUUCUUUUAGUUAUGAAGUCAAUUGGAAAAAGAGUAAUGAAAAAUUCGAAGAUAGAUUCAACAAAUACUUGGAUCCUAACUUCUUCCAACAUAGAAUUCAUUGGUUCAGUAUCUUCAAUAGUUUCAUGAUGGUAAUAUUUCUCGUUGGACUCGUUUCAAUGAUAUUAAUGCGCACCUUGAGAAAAGACUAUGCUAGAUACAGUAGAGACGAAGAAAUGGACGAUAUGGAACGAGAUUUAGGCGAUGAAUACGGCUGGAAGCAAGUUCACGGGGAUGUAUUUAGACCGGCUAGUCAUGCGAUGGUUUUCUCAGCUCUUAUAGGUGCAGGCUAUCAGGUCACAGUUGUUGUACUUAGCGUUAUCAUUUUCGCUAUCCUCGGAGAGCUUUAUACGGAAAGAGGGUCGAUGCUAUCUACAGCAAUUUUUGUAUAUGCCGCUACAUCACCUAUAAACGGUUACGCUGGCGGAGGUUUAUAUGCUCGCAUGGGAGGACGUAUUUGGAUCAAACAGAUGAUACUCAGUGCCUUUAUGUUACCUCUUAUCGUCUGUGGCACAGCAUUCUUCAUUAACUUUAUCGCUAUGUAUUAUCAUGCUAGCCGCGCUAUACCUUUCGGUUCUAUGGUGGCAGUUACAUGUAUUUGUAUAUUUGUUAUAUUACCAUUAACAUUGGUUGGAACCGUAUUAGGCCGUAAUUUAGCUGGAACACCGGACGCACCAUGUAGAGUUAACGCAGUUCCUCGACCUAUACCCGAAAAAAAGUGGUUUAUGGAACCACUGAUCAUCAUAAUGCUCGGUGGUAUCCUACCUUUCGGAUCGAUAUUCAUCGAAAUGUACUUCAUUUUUACUUCAUUUUGGGCAUAUAAAAUCUAUUACGUGUACGGUUUCAUGUUAUUAGUAUUCGUUAUUUUAAUGAUAGUAACCGUUUGCGUUACUAUCGUUUGUACAUACUUUUUGCUAAACGCUGAAGAUUAUCGAUGGCAGUGGACAAGUUUCUUAGCCGCAGCUUCAACUGCUGGAUAUGUCUACGUAUACUCCUUUUAUUAUUUCUUCUUUAAAACAAAAAUGUAUGGUCUCUUCCAAACAGCAUUUUACUUCGGUUACAUGGCGUUAUUUAGCCUGGCCUUAGGCAUAAUGUGCGGAACAGUCGGUUACGUUGGUACUAAUGCAUUUGUGCGAAAGAUUUAUUCCACAGUUAAAAUAGACUAAAGCACAACUUUAGUGUAACGUCUACGCCGUGGAUUAAAAAAAAAAAUUAAAGCGUACAGAAUGAUGUCUGCUGAUUUUCGCAAAGUAGGACUCUUCUUCCAGUAGUAUUAAUUACUUACAUUUAUCGCAACAUAAACGCACUUCAUAAAACGGAACAUCCGAAUCAAUGAAUAUUUGAGAAAUAUUUCUGUUGUUAUAUUUAUUGAUUUCUCAACAGAUUUUGUAUUACUCCGGAUUAAUGAAACAUUGUAACAUGUUCGAGUCGAGCAAACGAUUUAUUCAUCAGCACAGAAAUAUUUGAAGUCGAGUCCUAUGGCUAGUAGAUAGCGUACAUCUUCGAAACAAACUGUUUUCCAAUUCAAACAGUCGCAUAUAUUAUGCAUCCCAUGAGUCACAGUUCCGUAAUAUACAUAUAAAACACAGGUUCCGAUGAUUAUCUAACUAGGAUCACUAUUUUACUUACGAUAACUGACUAUAUAAUAUUGCUCAAUUUCGCUGAACACUGCUGGAAAAUAUACGUAGCGCAUAAAAGUUUAACAAAGGAAUUAUGAGUUUAUAUUUUGAAAGUUUCGAUAUACUCGACACGAAUGUUUUAUAAUUAAUUUCUGAUUAAAUAGUAACAUUUUCAAAUACCAGCGAAUGUCAAGGAUUCAUUAGAAUUUCGAAAACAUAAAAAAGAAAUACCAGUUGUGUGUAAAUAGUAUAUUAUAAUUUUCAAAGGAAAAGAAAUUGUUCGGAAUGCCUCAGUUGUGUGACUCUAGACUGGAAUUUUAGUCAUAUAAAGAACGACGUUUGAGUAUUGACGAUUAAUAACAUUAAUUUUUAGAUAAGCUAGGUGUUAGAUCGAAGUAAGGAUGUGAACAUAACAAAUUUUGUUACCAUUGGCUUCAUACUAUCCGCCACAUUUCAUUCGUGUGGAUUUUCUUUACUACAAAGUACGAGUGCAUUGGUAAAAUGUAAAGUAUUGUGAGUCUAUAUCCAGAGAUAAGAUGAUUCUUUCGAUAGCGACCCUCUUCACGCAGAAAAACGCCUAAGGGGGGAUCGAUCGCUGCUAAAGGACUAACGAUAAAACGAAGGAGAUUGGGAUUUGGAAAUCACAGUGAACAUGUUUAUCCUGAUGAUACACUGUCGAAUGACGAAUAUCAGUGAGGACAUUCGAACGAAUAUACAGUUUGUUGUUAGUCGUAGCAGUUCUAAGAAAUAUAAAAUUUCUACGUACAAAUCUA